GCUGUGGAUCCGGUGCGGGAUCUUGGUGCGGGUCAGCAGGAUGUGGACGGCUCUGCAAGGCUGCGACAGCAGGUCCAGGAUGAUGCUGAGUGACGACUGGACCGUGAUGAACAACAGCAGCUCAGAGCUGGACGGCAGGAGGCCCCGCAGGUCAAAGAGGUGCUGCACCUUCCUCUUAUGGUUGGUUGCCGUGCUGUUCGCCAUGGCGGCCAUCGUCACGGCAACAGUGACAGUCCUCCAUCUCCACCAGCUGCCUCUGCCCAUCUUCAGCAGGGGCGGAGCCUCCACGCCAGCCAUCUCUGCCGGCUCUUUAGAGUCGGGCGCCCUGGUGACCAUCUCCCGCGUGGCGGACGGCGAGCCGGUCAGCGUCUUCCUGGACCCCGCCUGUCCUGACCUGAGCCAGGACUUCCUGCGGCUGGAGGCGCUGCACAGCUCGCUGCUGCACGCGCUGACCAAUCACAACGCAGACGACCACAGGAACGGGGGGGCCGUCCAGAAACUGGGGGACGACCUGAAGGCGCUCUCAGGCCACGCCCACAACCUGAGGUUGGCGGCCGAUUCCCUGAAGAGGGGCCAAGGUGCUCUGGACCAGCGCAUGGACCGCCUGCAGAACGAGCAGAGCCGCAUCAUCCAGGUGCUGUCUGACAGCCACUCCGGCAUCCUGAAGCUAGCUGAGAGCUGCAGCGAUUCUCUGCUCGGCCUGAAGAGGGAGACGGAGAGUCUGGGGAGGCUGAAGAGCGAGCUUAGCCGCAACAUCGCCCAGACAGCCGUCCAGCCCAGAGACUGCAGCGACGUCCUGGCGUCCGGCGUCUCCGUGGACGGAGUCUAUUCUGUGUUCCCAACCCAUGACCCUGAGGGUUUCAUGGUCUACUGCGACAUGAGCACCGACGGCGGAGGCUGGACGGUGAUCCAGAGGAGGGAGGACGGCUCCAUGAACUUCUUCAGAGGCUGGGAGGCCUACAGGGACGGUUUCGGGUCGACCACCGGGGAGCACUGGUUGGGCCUUCAGAGGAUCUACAGCCUCACCAGGUCAGGAGGCUACGAGUUGCGUAUCGACAUGGCUGACUUUGAUAACGCCACGGCGUUCGCUCACUACUCAGAUUUCUCUGUCGGUCGAGACUCGGUGAACCCGGAGGAGGACGGGUACCCACUGACCGUAGACGGCUACUCUGGAACAGCAGGAGAUUCUCUCCUCAAACACUCGGGCAUGCGGUUCACCACCAAGGACCGGGACCAGGACCAAUCUGAGAACAACUGUGCGGCGUACUACCAGGGGGCGUGGUGGUACCGGAACUGCCAUACCUCCAACCUGAAUGGACAGUACCUGAGAGGAGGCCACGCCUCCUACGCUGACGGUGUGGAAUGGUCCAGCUGGACCGGCUGGCAGUACUCUCUGCGGUUCACUGAAAUGAAGAUACGACCCAGAAGACCAGAGUCCUGAACCUGGACCAGAGAACCCUCCCUCUUUAAUAAAUUGUUCUGAUCUAUUCCUGA